UGAAGUGACCAAAGACAAUUUUUUUUUAUUUUAUAGGACUUCCAUAAGGGUUAAAAAAUAUUAAAAUGGCAUUAUUUUGACUUCAUUAAUAUCUCCUCUUGUUAUUUCAAGAGCGUAAGGGUGUUCUUGUGACUUGAUAUCUCAUAACAGCAUGUACUUAUUUUAACGUGAUGUCUUCUUGACUUAUUUCAUCACAUAUUAUUAUUUCGAAUCAUGUUAUUUCAUAAUCUUAAUUCAAAAUUUUUGUUUGUUAGUUCAUUUUUUAUUUAUUUAUUUAUUUUUUCCUCAUUGUUGCAACUUGGUAAUAUUUAACACCACAGAGUCUAUCAAUAAGACUAAUUUACUGAAUUACCUGAGGUGCAAAGAAUUUUUUUUUUUUUAAAGGGUCAUUUUUAUUCAAGGUCAUUUAAAGGUCACGUGGAAAUUCUUUAAAACUGUUGCAGUGUUCAUUUGUGUAGUUUAGUGGGUGACAAAUAUUUGGCAUCACAAAAAGUAUACAAAUAAAAAAAAAGAAAAUGAAAAAAGAAGGAACACAGAAAGACUCGAUUUGUUUCGGGAACACAUCUACGCUCUGUGAAUGUGUUUGCACAAGAGUCCAAUGUUCUGCCUUGAUGCUGUAGUUUGUAUGCGUGUGACGUUAACUGUUUUUCCAGAACAGUCCUGAGGGUCAGUGUUCCAGUAAAUCGAGUCCCUUUUAUAACCUAAUGAGCUCCCGGAAAUAGCACCUGGGUUUGAGACGCAGUAGUUCAUCUUGGCCAUUAGAUGGCAGCAGUGCGCUGGAGUCGUGCUGCUAAAUCCCUCGAAGAAGACCACAUCCCUGAAGUGCAGCUCUUUCCACGUGUAUUGGACCACGACCUCGUGUUUUAGUGCUGAAUGUAGCCCUCCUACAUAAAGCAAGAUGGUGGAGGUGUUCAGCAGUGACGGUGAGAGAGUGCUGCAGCGCAGUGUUGACGUGAACCUCAGUGAAUCAGGCAGCCGGCCUGAAGAUCUACACGGGCUUUAUCAGAUCAGCGAGACCUGUUCUUUUAUCACCAGUAACAAUUUCAAAAAGGUAGCUUUGCAGUUUCCUGAUGAACUUCUGGUUGAUUGCGUUGCAGUCGCUGCAGCAUUAGAGACGGAAACCAAAGCAAAGACGUAUAUUUUAGGUGACACCACUUAUGGCAGCUGCUGUGUGGAUGAAGUGGCCGCCGAACACGUCGGAGCCGACUGUAUCGUGCACUACGGCCGCUCGUGCCUCAGUCCGUCCACACGUCUGCCCCUUACGUAUGUGUUCGGGAAAAGACCCAUUAAUGUGCAGGAGUGUGCCACGUCGUUCAGGGAACUCUACCCUGACCAGGAGAGUCACGUGAUCGUAUUGUAUGACGUCACCUACUCGCAUGCUAUAGAUGAUUUCCAAAGGCUUUUGGGUGGCACCUACCCCAACACUGUGUUCUCUGUUCUAAGAGCAGAACACUUACACGGACCUCUGAAAGUUAGCGAUAACUCUGAGGAUGACGGGUCUGUUCAUAAAUUCGGCCGUCGGUUUGGUUUAAAACGAGGAAAGAACGUGGAGGACUACAGGAUGUUCUAUAUCGGUCAUGAGGGACUUACUCUCACAAACUUCAUGAUGACGUGGAACCGCUGCGCCUUCAGUUCAUUCGACCCAGACACGUCGACGGGCCGAGCUGAAUCCAUCAACAUCAACAAAGCACUGAUGAAGCGCUACUACGCCAUUGAGCGGGCGAAGGAUGCCAAUGUGGUGGGAAUCCUGGUGGGCACGUUGGGCGUCGCCAACUACUUGAGCAUCAUUGAGCAGCUGAAAGAAAGUAUUCGCAAGGCCGGCAAGAAGAGCUAUAUGUUUGCGAUGGGCAAGAUCAAUGUACCAAAGCUGGCCAACUUCCUGGAGAUUGAUGUGUAUGUGUUAGUUGCUUGUCCAGAGAACUCCCUGCUGGAUUCUAGCGAGUUCUACAGGCCGGUGGUGACGCCGUUUGAGAUGGAAGUGGCCUGUAACAAGCAUCGCGAGUGGAGCGGAGAAUACAUCACAGACUUUCAAGAUCUGCUGCCUGGAGGGAGCAGUCACGUGGACUUUCCCGAGUCAGAACAGUCGACUAAUGAUGACACAACAGAUGUGUCACUGAUCACUGGAGCACUGCGCACUUCCUCUUUACGAUCCUCAUCUGAGCCAACAGAUGGUGCGUCAUUGUCGUCUUCAGUUGUGGUCAGGAAUCAGACGCUAACUGUGGCUAACACGAAUACUGCAGCAUCUUUUCUCACGGGCCGGAGCUGGCAGGGGUUGGAACCCAAGUUGGGGGAAACACCAGUAGUUAAAGCUGUGGAGGGAAGACGCGGUAUCGCUAUUGCUUAUGAGGAGGAGGGUACGGACAGUAAAGACUACUUGACCACAGUAAAAAAAAAAGGAAAUUAGAAAAACUUAAUUGCUACAUGUUGCAUCAUAUUUACUGUAAAGGACAGAGUUGGUGUGUUCGUGUCAAUCCACUGACAGAAUUAUUUUCCAUAUACAUGAUGAUCAAGAGAAGGUGUUAUUUAAAGCCAUUUUAAAAACCUCAGUAUAAAAAUUCCACAGAAGACAUGCAUAUAAACUAAAAGUACAGAACAGCUUCAACUCUGGGAUGUUGGUGGGUUUCCUCACAUGAACUGCUUGCUGCUUCAGAUCCUUCCACAACAUUUCUAUUGGAUUAAGGUCAGGACUUUGACUUGGCCUUUCCAAAACAUUCACUUUAUUCUUCUUUAACCGUUCUUUGGUAGGACGACGUGUAUGAUUAGCGUCAUUGUCUUGCUGCGUGACCCACUUUCUCUUGAGAUUCAGUUCACAGACAGUGUCCUGACAUUUUCCUUUAGAAUAAUUCAGAAGCCAUUGUUUCAUGUCAAGUCGCCCUGGCCCAGACGCAGCAAAACAGGCCCAAACCAUGAUACUACCACCACCAUGUUUCACAGCUGGGAUAAGGUUCUUAUACUGGAAAGCAUUUUCAUUUCUCCAAACAUUACACUUUUCAUUUAAACCAGAAAGUUUUAUUUUGGUCUCAUCCGUCCACAAAACAUUUUACCAGUAGCCUUCUGGCUUGUCCAUGUGAUCUUUAGAAAACUGCAGAGGGGCGGCAAUGGUCUUUUUGGAGAGCGAUUGCUUUCUCCUUGCAGCCCUGCCAUGCACACCAUUGUUGUUCAGUGUUCUCCUGACGGUGGACUCAUGAACAUUAACGUUAGCCAAUAUUAGUUGUUUAGAAGUUACCCCGAGUUCCUUUGUGACCUCGUGGACUAUUUUAAACGUCUUACUCUUAGAGUGAUCUUUGUUGGUCUCCACUCCUAAGGAGGGGAACAAUGGUGUUGCAUUUCCUCCAUUUGUACACAAUCUGUCUGACUGUGGAUUGGUGGAGUCCAAACUCUUUAGAGAUGAUUUUGUAAUCUUUUCCAGCCUGAUGACAUUCAACGACUCUUUUUCUGAGGUCCUCGGAAACCUCCGUUGUUCAUACACUUCUACAAACGUGUUGUGAAGAUCAGACUCUGAUAGAUCCCCGUUCUUUAAAAUAAAACAGGGCGCUCACUCACUCUCACCUGAUCGUCAUCCCAUUGACUGAAAUCACCUGACUCUAAUUUCACCUUCAAAUGAACUGAUAAUCCUAGAGGGGCACAUACUUUUGCCUCUCACAAAAUUGUAAUAUUGGAUCAUUUUCCUCAAUAAAUAAAUGACCA